GUGAAAGAACUUGUCUUGGACAACUGUCGGUCGAACGAAGGCAAAAUCGAGGGCCUCACGGAUGAGUUCAAAGAACUGGAAUUCUUAAGUACAAUCAACGUAGGCCUCACCUCAGUCGCGAACUUACCAAAGUUAAACAAACUUAAGAAGCUUGAACUAAGCGAUAACAGAAUCUCAGGGGGCCUGGACGUGUUGGCGGAAAAGUGUCCGAACCUCACACAUCUAAAUUUAAGUGGCAACAAAAUUAAAGACCUCAGCACAAUAGAGCCACUGGAGGACGAAGAAGGCUACAAUGACGGCGAAGUCGACGACGAGGAAGACGAGGAAGACCUUGGUGAAGAAGAAAAGGGCCAGAAGCGGAAACGAGAGCCUGAAGAUGAGGGAGAAGACGACGACUGAGUGACUAACUGUUUUCAGAAAUCCCUGUCGUGAUUUGACUGUUUUUACCCACGUCCCUCCUGCCCUCCAAAUCCUGCCCCCCGAAACUUAUUUUUUUCUGACUGUAACGUUGCUGUGGGAACGAGAGGGGAAGAGUGUACUUGGGGGUCGC